GUAUUAGGUAGCCAGCCAAAGACAAUGGAAGAGGUACAAAAUGACUUGGAAGACAGCAAAAGGUUGAAGUUUGGGACUAGAUAUUUGACAGACCCCCAAAAUGUUUUUCAGCACAAUGCUUGGGACAAUGUUAUUUGGGAUGAAGAUCAAGAAAGAGAAGCCAAGAAGAUAACAGUAGAACAUUCCACGCAUGCUGUACCUCAAGAAAAAAAAGAUGAGUUGGAACGAGAAGCAGUGAAACACUGGGACCAGUUUUAUUCAAUUCACCAGAACCGAUUUUUUAAAGAUCGGCAUUGGCUAUUCACAGAAUUUCCUGAACUCUAUGGCAAAGAAAAAAAUACCCCAUUAUGUGAUGUAUCCACAAGUACUAAAGCUCAAGAUGCGGAAAAGCCAGAUCAUGCUUGUUCAAAGAGUGAAGGCUGUUCUCCACCGAAUGAUUUAAGUGUUAAUGAAGUGCAGUGUGAGAGCCCUUUAUCAGAUAAUUUGGUUUCUACCGUAGAAGACUUAAACAUUACAGCUGAUGAUGGACCUUCAUUUAACAUAUUGGAGGUUGGUUGUGGUGUAGGUAACACUGUGUUUCCAGUUCUAACUACAAAUAAUAAUCCCAAUCUAAAAAUAUACUGCUGUGACUUUUCCUCCACCGCUAUUGAUAUUGUCAAGGCUAAUAAAGACUAUGAUCAGAAAAGGUGCCAUGCCUUUGUCUAUGACAUAACAGAUGAUAAAGCUUCCAUGCCGUUCCAGGAAGGAAGCUUAGACGUCAUUAUAAUGAUUUUUGUUCUAUCCGCUGUUGCACCAGAAAAGAUGCAAGCAGCCAUCACCCGCUUAGCAUCAUACCUUAAACCUGGCGGCAAGUUUCUUUUUAGAGACUAUGGAAGAUAUGAUUUGGCACAGUUGCGCUUUAAGAAAAGCCGGUGUAUAUCUGAAAACUUUUAUUUUAGAGGGGAUGGUACUAGGGUAUAUUUCUUUACACAAGAUGAAUUAAAAGAUUUGUUCACUAAGGCAGGAUUGACAGAGAAAGAAACUAUGGUUGAUCGACGCUUACAAGUCAACAGAGGCCGCCAGUUGAAAAUGUAUAGAGUGUGGAUACAAUGUAAAUACAUCAAAAGUUAGGAUUUAUUUUAUUUGAAUAAAAAUCUGUCUA